AUGGGCGGAGGCUGGAACGGAACAAGCCAGCCGCCGCCCACCUGCGCCGAGGUCUCGUGCCCGCCGCUCCCGGUGCUGCUUGACGGGACCACGACCUGUACCGGGGCGUCGAACGCGAUCACGCCCGGUGCGUUUGACGAGACGUGCUCGUUUGCUUGUGAUGACGGCUUCACCCUCCUCGGCUCGACGGCGCGGACGUGCACGUGGACGCCCGACUUGGGAUCGAUGUGGACCGGCGCCACACCGCCGUUCUGCUCGGCGUUCAACAUCACCAACUCGUUUGUCACUGGCCUCGUCCCGCAAUACACCGUGGUUGCCGGUGACACCAUCGGCCCAUUCCAGAUGACCAUUCGCGACUCCCUGGUCCAGCCGGUCGAGACUGGGCUUGACGUGCCGCAGGCGUACGUCUCGGCGCCGGCCGAGCUUGCCUCGCUCGACAACUUGGUCACGGUCUCCACCUACACUACCAACGGUAUAUACGAUGUGACGAUGCGGCCGCCGACGGUUGCGGGCUUUACGUACACGCUCCAGCUCGCUGUCAACAACGUCGACUUUGUGCUCGGAACUACUGCCGUCGACGCCGAGGUCGUGCCCGGCCCAGCGUCGGCAGCAGCGUCAACUCUCGACGAUCUGCCUGAUACGGGCACGCUCUCACUCGAGACGGCGACGGUGGUGACAUACAGUGUCACGCUCCGCGAUGCGUACGACAACGAGGUGACAACACCGCCGCUGGCGUCAGCUGUGUCGAUUGCGAUGCGGCUCGGCGUCAAGACGACGCCGGUGACAUCGUUUAGCCUUGCCGGCUCCAAGCUCUCGUUCAGCGUGCUUGUGGCCGAGGGUGGAACGUACACGCUGCGGAUCCAGGUCGGCGGCGAGGACAUUCUCGGCUCGCCGUAUGUGGCGCAGGUCUCAACGACGUGUCUUCCCGGAACGCGAAGUGUCGGAUCCGGCACUACUGGGGCAUGUGUCCCGUGCGGGGUCGGCACCUACUCGGAGACGCGCAACGCUGCAUUCUGCACGGCGUGUCCCGAGUUUAUGCGCGCGCCCGAGGGAUCGGCAUCGUGGAUCAACUGCACCUGCCUCACCACAUACUGGUUCGGACCGAACGGCCAGGUCGAGGGCCAGGGCUGUGUUCCGUGUCCGUUUGGUGCGGUUUGCGCCGGCGGCCACGAGCCGCCACGGCCGGGCCCCGGCUUUGAGCUCUCGGACGACGGCAGCUCGUUUGUGGCAUGUCCGCGUCCGGCGUCGUGUGCCGGCAACGGAGUCUGUACCGAGGGCUACCGCGGGCGGCUGUGCGCCGAGUGCACCAAGGGCUGGUACCAGUUUGGCGACGGAUGCCGCAAGUGCAAGGGAUCGAACGCGCUGAUCAUUGUGUGCCUGGUGCUGGCAGUGUUUGGAUUUGUGGCGGCCGUGGUGUGGAUCAACAUGCGCAACUCCAAGGUGUACGGGUAUGCGGCGUUUGUCAUUGCGCUCAACACGCUGCAGGCUGUGGCGAUCUACGGGACGAUCCGGCUGGAGUGGCACCCGCUGGUGCGCGGGGUGUUUGACGUUGUCUCGCUGGUGAACCUCAACCUCGACCUGGCGUCACCCGAGUGCGGAGUGGACGUCGGCGACGUGUGGAUGUUCAAGUGGGGCAUGACGAUGGCGCUGCCGAUCCUGUUUCUGUUUCCGUUUGCCGUGGUCACCCUCGGGUACAUCGGACUGCGGAACGUGAUGCGGAGGUGGCGGGCCUCGCGCGAUGCCGACAGCGUGUACGGCAACAAGCGCUCGCUGUGCUCCCUCGAGUGGGCGGUGGUGUACGCGGCUGGGCGUGGGUACCUGCAGACGAUCCUGCUGCUGUAUCUGCCGCUGAUGUACGCGGCACUGCGGUAUGUGGACUGCACCGACGUGGGCGGCGGGAUCGUGGUGAUGACGACCAACCCGCAACGGCGGUGCUACACAUCGUCAUGGUACACGCUGCUGCCACUGAUUCUGACUGUGGCGCUGAUUGUGGGAACGGCCAUUCCUGUGCUGCUGGGCAUGUUCCUGAAGCGCAAGCAGGCGGCGUUGGAUGAGGUGACGUUUGCGUCCAAGUACGCGUUCCUUGUGGCCAAGUAUCGGAGCGACCUGUUCUGGUACGAGCUCGUGAUUCUCGGGCGCAAGCUCGGGGUUGUGGUCUCUGUGUGCGCAUUCUCGUCGCCAACAGUCAAGGCGACGAUGGUCGCACUGAUGCUGCAGUGCGUGCUGGCAUACUCGCUGCUUGGACGGCACUAUCCAUACGCUGAGCGACACCACAACAUGAUGGAUUUUUCAACGCUCUUCGGGUCUGUGGUGCUGCUGUGGGGCGGGACCAUCACGUCGUCGCGGGUUCUGCGCGACGGAGUUGUGAUCGCAGCACUGGUGGCACUGCUGGCAAUUGUGUGCGUCGGAGUGGUCUACGAGCUGUGGCGGAUCAAGCAGCGCGACCAAGAGGAUGCUGAAUUGGUGUUUGAGAACAUCGAGUUCGAAGGCGCCGGCAUGGAGUCCGGGGUCGAGAUGAUGACAGUCGGGCAUCAUGCAGCCGUAGACUUUGACAGCGGCGUGCUGGAGAUCUUUGGCUCAACCAAUCCUUCGUUCGGCUCGACGAAUGUGGACUUUGGCUUGACGCCGUACCGCGGUCUUGACUCUGUCGUCGACGAUGACGAGGCCAAGUCGAGCCUGAUAGACGGGAGCACAGCGCAGUUUCUGGCCAUGCCAGCGAGCACGAUGGCGCCGACCUCUGCCUGCAACUCGCUCUCAUCGUGCUGCUUUGACUCGGUCGACACGAGCGUCUCGCCGCUGACCUCGAUUUCCCAGCCGCCGCCGAUGCCGCCGUCGAUGCCGCCGCCGCCUGAGAUGCCUCUGGUUCCGCCGAGGCCCCCGGGACCGCCACCGCAAGAUGUCCCGUCGUCAUCUUCGUCGUCGUGCGACUCGUCGUGAACGGCGACAGCGAUAAACUCAC